CAAGUGCCUUAGAUUUAGUUAGUUCCAAAAUGAAACAUCGCCCUGCUUACCAAAUGGAAUUUCCUUCCCGAUUCUACAACAACCAUCAUAUUUACACGGUUUUGGCCAAAGACCAAGAGGCGGCUUCGUUCCGUAGGAGACAGAAUCUUAGGCGCAGUGCCCGACAACUCCUCAUCAAUUUAUUCAAGAGCUUUUUUCACUGGGGCUUCUUCAUCAUAUGGGGCCUGACCAUCCUCAUGGGCGUCUAUUAUCUAAUCCUAUCCAAUCGGAGGCGUAAAGUGGCCUUUAAUUCGUCAUCCGAGAACAUUGACUAAACCCAAAGACAAAUCCACUUUUCAGUCACCCUGCCUUCUCACUGUCCUGUUUUGAAAAUGCUUCUCGUUUUGUUGACAUCAAGUUUUUCUUCCUGAAAUCAAGUGAGCACGUUCCAUGGCCGGCCAAAGCAUCCGUGAACGCCAAUCCAGACCAUCACCAUCAUCAUGUGGUUUCCCUCGAUGCUAGCCCACGUGGUUCACACCUUUGUUGCUCCGAUCAAAGGGGAUCGACGUCAAGAUCAAAUUUCACCCGUUCCAUCGUCCAAUGCCAAACGUGCCAAACCAUCUCAGAUCCCUUCCCCAUCCUCGCCGGUGGUUCGUAAAUCGCCCAGAUUGCAGAAACGCCCUUUGGAGAUCCAGAAUGAGAUCUCGAGCUCACUGAGCUCCAGCUCAAAGAAGCGGAAAGCGGCCUUGGAGGCCUUUGAAAAGAAGCAAAAGCAAAGUCAAAAGCGGAAGAAGGACGUCCAGGAGGAUGUGGCCAAUCAAUCUACGGUGAAAGUUGAAGAAAAGAAACAGAAAGUGGGACCAGACAAGGACGAUGAUGAUGAUGAUGAUAACGACGACGACGCCAACAACGCCAACAACGCCAACAACGCCAACAAAGAAGAAGUUGAAGUCCAUCGAACCGCUCCAACUAGUCAAGAAGAAAGCAAAGCCAGGACACCCUUAAAGCUUGCGCAACUUUCCGAACUUACCUCCCCAUCUCCUACCCCUAAAUCCCCUAAAACUGUGGAAACCCGUCCUUUGAUCGACAACUUAGAUGAUUGGAAUGCGGACAAGGCUCGUCUGAAGAAACGUGCCGAUAAAUUGCUCUCGGCCUUUGAUUAGCUUGAUCGAAUUAUGAUUUAUGUUUUCAGCGAAAUAAAGAAAAAAAUCUACUGUUUCCCCAGCGCAAAUUUGCACAAGUUCGGCGCUCACAGCAACAUUAAUAAUGUUAUCAGCAUUGCCCGGCUUUGUUCAGAUCGAUCAACAGCACAUGGAUUGAUUUAUGAAAUUCAUUAAGCACUAUCCUGAACAAGCACCCAUGAAAAACGGUGGUCAAUGCUUUGCGUAAUCGGAGCGUCAGAUGGUGUCAAAUUAGGUCUCUUCUUUUGUCCCUAGACAUGCGAUUCAGUGGACAAAUGUAUUUCGUUACACCUAGCUUGAGGCCCAUAAAUGUGUUCAAUUCAAAAAUGCACAAAGACCUGGACAAGGAUUUGGCCAGUUUAACGAACGAUAUACCUCGUGUAAACGAUUAUUAGUAACAUCCUCACCUUCAAAGCACUGUUGAGUAAGACCAAACCACGGGAACAGAUGUCGUUGUCAUCGUCGUCCUAAUCCGAACUAUUAACGUUCUGGUAUUCAAUCGAGAUUCUUUCGGAAUGGUAUGGCGAGCACGCCUGCGUCUCCAUUCCGAACCAGAGUGUCAGUCGCGUCUUUUACAUGGGAUAUUGACGAUAAACUCAUUAGGGGGAUCCGAAAAAGAUUCUUCAGUAGUCCGUGGCCACCGUCCGUGGUCACAUCUCUCUGAACAGGAAAGUCAUUCAAUGACUCUUUGCGUUCCGAGUCUCUAAACUACCAUCGUUUCAACCAUCCAUUUUGAAGAUACCCAACACCUCCGACCGAUUGUUGCGUUUGUCAAAAUGGUUUGGCGGUUUCUCAUCCUAUUAUGGUCUUUGUUCUCGAACUGUUCGGUUCUGGCCCAGGAGGCCAAAACCUCGGUAUUGAUGCAAAGGUCGAGUUUGGAAAAAUACGACCUGGCUCAAUGUAACGAUGGAUCUACAGCCGCCUACUUUUAUGACCAAGAUGAUGCUGCCAAAGGCAAUGCCAAGAUCUUGAUCUACUUGCCCGAUGAUGCGGGGACACGAGAAUGCUCCACUGCUCAAGGAUGCCAAUUGAAAUGUCAAGAGAAUCCUCAAAGAUGCACAUCAAACGAGCGUCCCUCUAUUCAAAUGGACGACGGAAUCUGGUCGCAAGACAAGCGCAACAAUCCUUUCGCUGAUCAUUUCAAGGUACUUUUGCCAUCGUGCUCAAGCGACGAGUUCGGUGGAACCCGGGGUCGAUCCGAUGAAACCGGAGGAAUGAUCUUUCAUGGGCGGCACAUUUUCAGCUCACUACUUCGAGAUAUGGUAGCUAACCAUAACAUGGGAAAGGCUCAGGAGAUUGUUCUCGUCGGCUCUGGUUCCGGAGCUCGAGGUGCUGCUCGCAACUGUGAUUUCCUCGCGAAUGCCAUCAAAACCGUCAAUGAGAACACCAAAGUCAGAUGUGUCCUAGAUGGAGUGGAUCUUGUUCCGUAUUGGGUUCAAAGUGAAAAUUGUUUCGAACCUAAGGAGAAACCUGAGGCUCAGAAAUAUCUCUGGGAUAGACAAGACGACGAAUCUUGCAUUGAAGAGAAUAAGGACAAAGUCAAUUCCACCGAACUAGCCAAUCUAUGUGGAGCCUUUUCCAGGUCGUGGAAACACAUUAAGACCCCAGUUUUCCUGACUUCCAACCAACUCGAUGAGACAAAUUUCGAUGAACAGACUUGCGGUGUGGCUUCAGAUGCCGAGGAUUUCCGAGACUUUUCCGUUGGUUGGAGACAAGGAAUGUUGGCAAUGGCUGAAGCGCUUAGCGUGAAUAAACCAGAAAAUGGGUGGUUCAUCCCCAAUUGCGAUGAUGCUACAGCCUUUCUGGACAACGAGCACGCCGCUUUGAGGAGAGAAGUUCGCAUUCCUUUGCUCACCACUCAAACUGCGGAGGAGAAGAGUGUCAAUGUUCUUCAAGCCAUCAAUAACUGGCUGAACAAAGGUAGCGACCAUCAAGCCAUUGAUGCUUUUGGAGUCCCCAACGACGCAUGCAGUGCCGUUAAAUCCUUGCCUUUGGAUCUUCGCCCUGAUUUGCCACUUAAACCAAUCAGUGAAGAUGCCAGACCAGCUCCCAUCCGAGCGGGAUCGAGACGGGGACCUUUCCGAAGCCGUUUUAAUCCCCCUUCGGAUUUGUUCCCGGCUGGAAAUCUGCCACGUACCGAUUACAUUGGGGAAGCUGACGACUACCUUUUCGACUAUGACGAAUUCUCCCUUGGCCAGGACUACGAUUACGCUCUCGAUACCGGACUAACGCCCGGUGUGGCAGCCGCUCUGGAUCCUUUGGAUCAUCCCAUUGUGGACGAUUCUCAUCAUCCAGUGGGCAGACCCGUUCAUCGUCAACCUGUUAUUCACUCCAAACCUUACUAUGGUCAUGGAGCCAAGCGAUACCCAGGUCGUGUAAGACAUACGCCUGGUCGUCGAGUUAGUCUAUGGCGACGUCUUUACUACCUGGAAUACCUCAAGAAGCUCUAUAACCGGAAUUAUCAGCAAUAUGCGGAUGAAUACUACGGAACAGCGGUGGGUCCCAAUCACGGUUAUCAUGGAAAGACCGCUUAUUCCAAAGGCCAUUCCUUCCCACGCCAUCCCGCCUACACUCGAUCGGGCUAUGGCUCCAAAGGAGGCGGUCGUCGCCGCCAUCAGCAUGGUCAUUUCGCUCGCAUUCAAGCCAAGGACGAGGCCACGGAUGAGACCAUUGAUGGCGAACCCAUCAGUCGUUUAGUUUCUGACAAGAUCGAGAAUCCAACCAUCAAUUCGGAAACGGCAGAGACGCCCCUUUUUGAAGAGGAAGAUCCCAACGAUCAAGUGGAGGAAAUUAAGUUGUAAAGUCAAAGUGUUUGAAACAUGUGUGAAUAAAUCGUAUCAGAGAAU